UCCAAGACCAAUCAGGAAACUUCCGGUCAGCUAGAGCCUUACUAGACUCCGGCUCUCAGUUGAACUUUAUGACCACCGCAUUCUGUCAAGGAUUGAAACUCCGAAGUUCCGCCGAAUAUCUUGCCGUUCAGGGCAUCGGUGGUUCAACAGUAGUGUCGAAGAAGGAGGUUGUUGCAUACGUUUUCCCCCGCUGUUCGGAGAUUUCAUCUUUUGCUUCUCCGAUGACAUUUCACGUGCUUCCGGAGAUUACGAAUACCCUACCAGCCAGUCGUGUUCCGUACUGUUUGCCAAAAAAUGUGGUGCUUGCUGAUCCCAACUUCUACGAGCCAGGACAAGUAGACCUCAUAAUUGGUGCUGAGUUCUUUUUUGACAUCCUUACUAAUGGUCGCUUCAAGGUGGAAGAUAAUGGUCUCAGCCUCCAGAAUUCACUUUUUGGCUGGAUCGUAGCAGGCACUGUCCCUGAUCCUGAAAAUUUCCAUCCACUGGCAGUUACAGCGUGUUCAGCUACAGCGAUUCGAAACCAGUUCGCCAGAAGUUUGAAAACCACAGCAGAAAAAGGAGAAGUAUCUUAUCCAAGAGCAGCGGCGUCUUUGAAGCAAGACACGUAUGUCGACGGUUCGUUAAAUGCGAAUUCUGUCGAAGAUACGACAAAGUCAACCCUUGAGAUGGUCGAGUUAGCAGCAACCGGUGGAUUUACGUUGAACAAGUUCAACUCGAAUUCAGCUGAAGUUCUGUCAUCACAACCCGAGCAUCUUGUAGACGAUCGUUCUCUCUUGAAUAUGGAUUCAUUUAAUGCAUCGAGUUCGAGGUUGGAUCACCAAUCUACAGCAGCUGCAACACAACUUCAUCUCGCCUGCCUAGUUGUCACUCUUCUGAAGAUAUUCUUCCGAAACCUGGUAUCGUUCCCGUUCGUCGUUUGCCUUUCGUCGAUGUUGAUCCAGCAUGUUAGCCAGUUCUUCGCUUGGCCCGGUAUCGCUCUUGCCGGUGGUCACCGUUUGUGGGAUUCAAAGUCAACACAGCAUCGAAAAAUCAGCGCAGUCAUCGAUCCAGCUCCCCUGGGCCGGCAUAUCGGAAACAACUCCAUCCAUCCAGUUCCGUCGUCUCACCAUUUGCGAAAAGGCAAACAGACAACGCCAGUCUGAGCAGGGUUCCAGCACCAAAGCCUUCAGGGGUGACGCGGUUGCGAUCGGACGGGUCGGACCUGUCACCCCACCGCUAACCUUAGUUAAGUUGCGGUCGUCGUGCUGGAACUUCUUAUCCUGUGAUCAUCAUGAGCACGUCGUACGAAGCAGCAACGGCGGUAACCAGUUAUCCCAUCAUCAUCAUCAUCAUCAUCUCCAAGCCAUCAGUGCUUCCGGUGUAGACCGGGAGCGUUUCAUCCAGUUUUUGCAUCACUCCAUCAGUUGCAGAAGUGCAACCAGACGCCAUCUGUCUGAGCAGAGAUCCAGCUCUAAAGCAAUCAGGGGUGACGCGGUCGCGAUCGGACGGGUCGGACCUGUCACCCCACCACCGCCAUCUGUUAAGUACCCGUCAAAUUCCAACGUCCAGUUCGGACAUUUAUCCGUUUUCUUCUGUACAGGUUGCGGUGCGUCGAGCUGGAACUUCCUGCCCUGUGUUCAAGAAGCAGUCAGCGCAGUAUCACCCAUCGCAGUGUCCAACUGCAGCCGAGUGGAUCUCAGUAGUUUAGAUUUGUAGAAGAUAAUCUUUUUGAAAUUCCCUAGUAUUUCAAGGCGGCCGGUAUGUUCGCACAAAAUAUGAGACACCGUAGUUUCGGGUGUAUUCGCGCCACACCAAAUUUCCUCGAAACCAUAUUUCGCGCCGCCUUGGUAGAAUAAACACCUUCUGGUCAGUUUGUUUGGCUGACCGAACAUCCGCACAAAGCGGAGAAUGAAA